AUGAGCAGCUUUGAGACGAAGACAAGACCGCUGGACGAGGGGUCCCAAUUUGCCCGGCAUGUUGCCAUCGCCCUGAUGGGAGUCACCCCAGACGAGGCCACCACCUCCAUGCCCUACUUCGUAGCAUUUGGCAUCCUCCUGGCGGUUCUGAGUAUUUGUGCAUUAUCGCGGCAAGCAGAAGAUGACGCCUUUCUGACCAAACCUUCCUUUUUAUCCCGCAGCGCAACUGGUGCUAUGAGUAGCGCUGGUGCCAUUGGCGCCGGUGGCGCCGCCAAGAGGGCAGCCAAAGUGACCCGACCCCCGGAGCUCAGCCCCCAGGCUCGUGAGGCUCGGGGCUCUGGCGAGAGCUCUCCGUUGAUAAGCCUUUGCCCGCAACUGGUUGUGCCGGACAAGGUGGAGUGCACACUGCUGGUGCCCCAAGUCAGUGGACUCAUUUCGCGCGGGGCAUCCGUGCCCGUUUCUGACAUCAAUGGUGGUGCAAUCUUCAUCCUGGAAGUGCUUGCAGACGGUCAAGCCACCGAUGGAACCAGGCUCAACCUUUGGAGUCCUGGGAGGGACACGAAGUUCUGCACCUGCCGGAGGGCAACACCGACAGGUGGCUCCGCAGGAUUCAUACUGGCCGAUGGCAAGGCGUACGGUGAGCGCCGGGCGACCUUGAAGAAGCUUGACACUAGCUUCGUCCUUUCGGCUGACAACCGUCGGCCGCUGAGAUUUCAAGGGAAUUCUCGGACAAGCUUAAAUGCAUCUGAUGAUGAUGGAAAGCUGUUAGCUUACUCUGACUCUGCGGCACCGGACGGAAGCGGCAUCCCACAGCUGAAGUUGAGUGUGGGCCCGCGGGUGGAUGCAGGUUUGAUGGCCCUCUGCUAUGUGGCUAUGGAACUGCUACAGCUGGCUGACCCGGUAGAUGAUGUGCAGCGAAGGUUGCUGUUGGCUUUCCUUGGGGUGCCUCGGCUGGACGUUUUCCCUUGGCUUGGGGAAAUCUUUGGAUUUCGAGAUGAGCUCGAACUGGCCGCGAUUCGCCGUUUGCGUGCCAUCGGAGCAAUCGAAGAUGACGGCAGCAAUGCCGAGGGCUCAAAAGCAAACUCUGCAACCGUCAGGUGCACCAAGCUGGGCUACCGCCUCGCUGCGCUACCGGUGGCUCCGAGAUAUGCUCGCAUGCUGCUGGCUGCCAUCACAUCCAGCGCAGAACUCAAGGCAGAGCACAUCAUCGGUCAUGCGUGCGCGAUUGUCGCCGCCCUUUCUGUCGGCAAUCUCACUUGCUGGGAGUCUGUGCAGGAGCUGGACCUGCAAGGCAACAGCAGUGGGCUCGAGAACGAGCUUGUGCGAGCCCAGAAAGAGGCGCAGAGGCGGCUGGAUGAGGCCACCAGAAAGGAGGCCCCAAAGUGGAGCCAGCUACGGGAUGACGCAGAGGGCCUGCUGUGGUUGAUGGGUGGGUAUGCAUGGGCUGCAAGAGGUGGCGAGGUGGCUGCCGAGUCUUUCUGCCAGCAGAACAAGAUCAACCCUCGCCAGAUGGCCGAGGCACACAGCCUGAUGCAGCAGUUGGCCGAGUUGCUGCAGCGUGCGCAGGUUGUCCCUGGCGUGGAGGUCUCAGCUGCUCAGGAAGCCAGGGCUAGAAAGCGUAGCCUAGCCGUGUUUUCGGAUGCUGAGCUCACUGGAUCUUUUGAGCUUGGCAUCCUUCAGCUUGAAACCUCAAACCGGCCGCACCCAUCUGUCUUGGUUUUCAAUGAGAUCAUAUCCACCCACAAACACUUUAUGAGGGACUGCGUGACUGUGGAUCCGCUGCAGCUCGCGAAGCGCGCUGCGGCGGGUGGCUGCCCUUUGUUGCAGCUGGGGGAGUUUCUCCCUGUUCCAGGACCUCGCUAUUUGUCUGAGCAGGACAAAGUGCUUGCUUUUGCCAGCCCGUUGUAUGCCCCGUUGUCAUAUUCGCUGCCGACGGUUGAGGUGGAUGUGCCCACAGAGUCGAACUUUCGAUACAAGGUCUUCGCCAAGGCAUUUUUGGAAGGUGCCGUGGUCCGGGGCUUGCCAUCCCAGGAAAAGCUACUGGCCCGCCCUUCCUUACUGCUGCAUGCUCCGACCAAUCCCAGGGUCUCUGCUGUAGUCAGCCCACUCUGGCAGUUCCGAGUGGGAUCUCGCAGUGAGCUCCUUGCGAAGUGGAGGAGUGACAGGCGAUUCCUUCUAGAAGGUUACUUGAAGUGGUUGCCAUCAUCGAUGCAUGAUGAUGUGCGUCUGGCGUGGCCUCCCCUGGGCCGACAGUAA